CUUCUGUCGCAAGCAGUGCUUCUGUCCGAAGCAGGGCUGUACAAGUGAAGUUUUAGACCUGUCGUCGGUCGAGUGAUAAGAUGAGUCGGUCGAAAUACGUUCACACAAUGUCAAUCUCGUCCUAAAUGUCACGCGAACUACUUUCGGUAAAAAAUACUAGUUUUCAUCAUACAGAUGAGGAACCGUCGGAAAUAAAUCAAGGACUUUUAAUAUUCGUACAAGAAGUAGACCUUGAGUAGUAGACUAGACAGAGACAGUGGUCUGAACCGACCCCAGCAAAGGUUGUUGUGCUCGGUUGUCGUGUGGAAAGUAAAAGAACUUCGGUGCCCUGGUGGAUGUGCUCGGUUUUCGUCCGUGUUUGCUGGAAAGGAGUCCGUUACGUUUAAAGUAAAAGCAUCGCAGCGCUCGGUCGUCGUGUGGUAAAAAAUGCUUCGGUGUAAAAAGAAUUACAAAGGUCAAAGCGUUAUUUGCUUUGCUAAAAUUCUUGCAUUCGUCUCUGUAUCUUUACUUCGGUGCAGUACUAGACUUUGCAAGUAGAAGAACUACAACUAUCGGUCCGCCUCGCUUGGUCGUACAAAUACCCUAUAUACUAUACGGCAAGGAAAGUGAUUGGCGCCUAGCUCGAUUUCUACUAGUAAAAUCUUACUAGUAAGGAAAAUCCGAGAAUUUUAUUAGUACACAACGUUGCUAGUAAUCUUAUCCGGACAAGCAAGCAAAAAAACUACUAG